AUGCAGACCAAAAGCAAUAAUGCUGUGGCAUUCCGACACAUAUUUCACCCAGCAACACUCCACGGACCUUUCGAUAUAAUUGCGAGUCUCGGUCAAAUCGGAGGCGGUGAUACGACCUAUGGUCAAUUCCAAUACGACACUACCAUCGGCUUUACGGACCCUACCCAUGGCGAUGAAACCAACAUCAUGAUCAAGGCCAACUGCUACGGCUUGGUUCCAAGUGCCCUGCAAGCGGACAAAGUUUACAUCCUCCACGGUAGAUUGAUUGCACGCAACAAAGAUGUGCCACCAGUCCUCUUUUGCGAGCAAGAGGUCACCUUGAACAUUGGCGACAGCUCCACCUACAUGUCAGCGUUAGCCAACAAGGUAGUGAUCAAAGGUUUUGGUAUAGUCAUCAAACACGAAGAAGUUCCUGGCUUGGGGAUUGGCAACGCUCCUCAAACCAACCUGCAUGUCGUACUCCGUCACACCGAUUAUGAUAACAUGUCUCGCUCCAAAGUUGAGUUCAAAAUCACGUACAUCGUCCUUGGCAACAAAAUAUUGGGCAAGACUUUCGGAUUGUUUCGCCUUGGUCGCGAAACCGCGAUCUUGGGUUAUAUUAGCGGCUACAUUUCCAAAGAUAAGAUGUGGGAAGUUAAGGUGACCACAGUUGCCCCAACCUCUGGCAAUCAAGCAGCCACAGUGGUGGCGCCUCAACGCGGCGCUCGCUCAGGAAACACCCACCGUAGACCCAGAUUGAUACAACUCGGUGGCGAACAAACCAACUUGAUUCCAACCAAACAACCCUCCAACAACGGUGGCCACGGUAAUGCGGCUAACGUCAACAACUACCAAUCUCCUGCCGGUGCCGGACCUUCUGGCAGUGGGACUCUUCCAGCCAACCCCAAGUUCGAAGAUGGAGAAGUUACUGAAGCUGCCCCUGAACCUCAAUUUGUGAAUACUUUUCAAAAGAGGCAAACUCCAAAGGGUGUGCUUGCCGAUGCCAAGAAGCGCAUGAAAGGGUUAAAGUUGUAG